CUCGUUGCGUAUAGACUGAAAAAAAAAUUGUUCAAAUAAUUAUUUCCAGUAUGAAUCCAUGCAUUAAGUUACCUUUCAUACUGAAUAGCUUAGCAACAUUGUGAAUUUGAGAGUUGAGGUUUUUGAACCGUUAUUGCGUGUGGUGGCAGUGAUAGUGUAUUGUAUUGUGAAAAAACUAGUUCAAGGAGAAAAGCAUUGAUGGUCGUUGCUUCAUGAAAAUGCGACAUUGAAACGGAAUAAAGUUCUAUUCAUAUCAACAGUUUAAAAUUUUUGUUUAGCAAGGAAAAAUUGUUAACAGAGGAAAAAAAGAAGCUUAAAAACAUGCCGCCAAUGUAUUGUGAUUACGAUUAUUUAAUAAAGUUAUUGGCUUUAGGUGAUAGCGGAGUAGGAAAGACUUGCUUCCUACAUCAGUAUUCGGAGGGUGUUUUUCAUUCUCGAUUUAUAUCAACUGUAGGAAUUGAUUUUCGCGAAAAAAGACUGAUAUACAACUCAAAAGGCAUCAAUCAUCGCAUUCAUUUGCAGCUUUGGGAUACUGCCGGUCAGGAACGUUUUCGAAGCCUCACAACAUCAUUUUUUCGGGACUCAAUGGGAUUUCUGCUAUUUUUUGACAUUUCAAACGAAAAAUCAUUUUUGGAAGUGCAAAAUUGGAUUGAACAGCUAAAGAUUCAUGCUUAUUGUGAAAAUCCUGAUAUUAUUUUAUGUGGCAAUAAACUUGAUUUGGAUUAUUUGCGCGUUGUUAAUUCACAGCGUGCAAAAACCUUGGCAGAAAAGUACGAUGUACCGUAUAUCGAAACGUCUGCAUACACAGGAGAGAACGUGAAUAAAGCUGUUGAAAUGUUGCUAGAUAGAGUCAUGCUAAGAAUGGAAACUCUUUCAUUUCCUGGCCGAAUUCUUCCCCCAAUGUCAGUUUUACCAUUACAAAAUGGCCAUGAUACACCUGAUGAUAGAAUCAAACUGGAACAAAUGACAGACAAAACCAAAUGCAAUUGUUAAAAAUCUCACACAAUCUCACAUUACAAGGAGUUUAGAAUUCUUUAAUGUCGAUACAUGUAAUCAAUGAAAUUUAUGACAAAUAAUGAAAUUAAUUAUAGAGUUUUAUAAAUGUUUAUUUAAUUAAAGUCUAAUUAUAUUGAUGAUGGAUAAAAUAAAUGUUAUAAAUUGAUGGAGAAUCGUGUUGACAA